AUGGAGAAGGAUUCCCCAUCAACUGCUGUCAACACCCAGGAAUCAUGCCCUCUCUUGGAUGGGCCAUCUCCUCUACAGACUCCUCCUUCACUCAUCUCCAAUAACCACUCUGCUCCUCCCCCUCAGACUGCUAAAUCUCCAUCCUCCACAGAAAACACCACAGAAGACAGAUCAUAUUCCUCCCUACCAUCCGCUCACACCAUGUCUAAAUCAAUGGAUUCUCUUCCUUCUUUAGACAGCACAGAACCUUUAUCUCUCGCUGUGUCCUCUAAACCCACAUCCACAGAUGUUUCCUCUAAUCAUCCAUCUCCUGCUGCACACAAAACACUACAUAUUACUCCUCAAGUAUCCAAGCUCACUUCUGCAGCCAGCAUAGGCUGCAGCAUUCCCACAGACUCCCCUCCAGCUUCCCCCACCACUGCUUCCACUACAUCUCCCUCCGCCUUUUCCACCACCCCCAUGAAACGCACCUUUGCCUCCAUGGCCAAGCGGGUAAUAGUACAAGAAAGACUUAGAAAAGCAGAGGAAGAGGAUGCCAAUGAUGAAGAGGAUGAUGAAGAACCAGAGGAAGAUUUAUCCUUUGAGCAGGUGGAGGAGAAAGCCAAAGCUGGUGAUGCCAGAGCUCAAACCCAUCUGGGUCAGCACUACUUGAUUCUUGCUGAAGAGAAGAACACAGAGGAAAAUAAUUGUCUGGCUGUGACUUGGUUUAUUCAAGCAGCGAAACAGGGAAGAAAAGGCGCAGCAAGAGCACUACAGCGUUGUUGGAUCCAGAAAAUAGGAAUCACUCCAGAGAAUGAGGCAGAUGUGCGGAAGUUGUCGACAGAGAGUAAGUUUGAGCAGGCGGUGCGUAAAGCUGCCAUGAUGAUGUACUGGAAGCUCAAUCCAGAGAGGAAGAAGAAGGUGGCGAUGGCUGAGAUGCUAGAGAAUUUCAGCCAGGUCCAGGCAGUGCAGGCAGGUGGCACUGCAAACAGGAUUCCUAGCCCAACCACAGACCAGACGCAGAAAGUGCUAGAGUGCAUGGUCAGCAAAGAGUCCAAACAGUUGGUGGACCUGGAUGACUUUGUUGAGAUGACUAAGAACUAUGCACAGGGUAUUGUCCCCUCUGCACCUCAAAGUGGUAGCAAAGUCACAGCCAAGAAUGAAAGCCCUACACUUGCUUAUGACAGCAGUGGAGAGUGCAAGGCUGAGCUGCUACCUUCAGGAGGAAGGAAGUCCAACAAAAGUGGUUGGAGUUUUGGCCGAAGAGGGAUGAUGCUGCACAGGAAGCAAACUAGGGCCAUAAAAACAGCAAUGUUUAUGAAAUCACGAUUAAUGAUGCUGCAGUACCCGCUGCGUGCCUUUAUUGAGAUGAAGGAGAACCUGGUCGACUGGGCAUCACGAGCCGGCGUCCAGUGGCUGAGCACAGUCAUCCCUACACAUCACGUCAAUGCACUCAUCUUCUUCUUCAUCAUCAGCAACCUGACAGUUGAUUUGUUUGCCUUUGUCAUCCCUCUGCUUGUCUUCUACCUCUCCUUCAUCUCCAUGAUUAUUUGCACUUUGCGUGUUUUUCAGAGAAGCAAGUCUUGGGAGAACUUUAGAGCUCUGACAUCUCUGCUGACACGUUUUGAACCUGGCCUAGAUGUGGAGCAAGCAGAGACCAACUUUGGCUGGAAUAACCUCGAGCCGUACCUCUAUUUUAUCCUCUCUGUCUUCUUCGUCAUUUUCUCGUUCCCUGUAGCUGACAAGGGCUGGAUCCCCUGUUCUGAGCUCUCUACAGUGGCCAUCUUCUUUACUGCUAUCAGCUACUUGAGCCUCAGCCCCAGUGCUGUGAUGUAUGCACGCAAAGCAAUGGUCAUAGAGGUAGCAUCAUCUCUGUGUAGCCUGACUCAGUUACUGCCGGGGAACAUGACAUGGAUUUGUUUCCUGGGACACACCUUCACCACACUGCCACUAGGGGAGUCAGUGGAGCUGAAGCUCAGUCUCCCAUGCCUGCUGUAUAUCUACCUGUUCUAUCUGUUCUUCAGCAUGGCCAGGAGACGUGGCUUCCGGGGGACUUACUGCUUCCUGGUGCCAUACCUUGUGUGCUUCAUGUGGUGUGAGUUCUCGGUGGUGCUCCUUCAGAAUUCCUCUGCUGUGGGUCUGAUCCGCACCUGCGUGGCCUACUUCCUUUUCCUGUUCGCUCUGCCUAUCUUGUCAUUGGGCCUUGCUGCCAUGCUCUUCAUCCAGGUCUUCAAGUGGUUUCUCGAACUGGAGCUGACCAAAGUCAUUGUAACCCUGGUUGUAUGUGCAAUCCCAGUCACCCUGCGGCUCUGGACACGGUUUAGCAUGUCUAUUUUGGAUGUCUUCCGCUCACUGACGUGUCGUGGCCCAGUCAAGCUCAUCUUACUCUGUAUCUCCAUGGUGAUCCUGUUCUUCUCUAUUUAUGUGUAUCAUGCAGAAGGACAGAAGGUCUACAACUCUACCCUGUCUUGGAACCACUAUAACCAGGUGUGUGGGCCUCCUGCCUGGAAAACUAAAGGCAUGACCCAGACACAGAUCUUCUGUAGCCACCUGCAGGGACACAGAGUAACCUGGGUUGGUCGCUUCAAGCAUGCCCGUGUGGCUGAGACAGAUAAUGGGGCGCAGUCAGUCAUCAACAUGCUGCCAGUGUUUAUGGGAGACUGGCUGCGCUGCCUGUAUGGAGAGAUGUAUCCUAAAUGUGAGCCAAAGAAUGCUAGAGCUGCAAACCUAACAGCUGCCAGUUUGGCAGCCAGCUCUGCAUCUGCUACAGUCUCACUGCCCAUACUGCUGCAAAUGCAAGAAGAGGAAGAGUUGUGUCAGAUUAAAGCUCUUGCCACACACACCUGCCAUGUCAAGCGUUUCGACAGCUUCCGCUUCGCGGUGACAAUAGGGAUGGUGAAGGAUGGAAAUGUAGAGGUAGAGGACCCAGCCAGUGAUAUAGUCCUAAUGGCCAGUCAUGAGUUCCAGCAGGUCCUGCUUAACCUGAACCCUGGUAACAUGGUGGGCUUCAGCACCGAGCUGGAGGGCCAUCUAGGAGUUAGAGCUCCAGUCUUUGAGUUGAAGGCUAUCAACUGUUUGGAUUGUGUUGCUUCACCGUUUACUGGAGGCAGGCAGGUGAAGAUAGAGAGAGACUGGAGAUGCACUACAAUGAAAGCGUUAAAGUUUGCAUUUGAUUUUUUCUUUUCUCCCUUCCUGUCAGCAAAAAUCAUUGCCUGA